UAUUGGAAAACGUUGAGGUUGCGUUGUCGGAACGAGACAAAAGACGAUUACUUGCUUUGCUUGGUAGGUAAAAUGAUUUAAAAAAAAAACACAAUUUAAGCAGACUAAAUAGUUCAUAAAUUGGUCCAAAACAAGUGUAAGUAUAGAGUCGUUGCAAUGGAUUCAGUGAUUGAUGUCGACGAUCAGACGGUGGAAGUGGAUAUUGAAAAUCUUUUGUCAGAAGAAAGGGAAGCCAUUUUUUCGAUAGCGCGGUCGGACGCCUCACUAUCAGGUAGUUCGUCACACUUUGACCAGACUGAGGAAAUAGACCUGCUACCCGAAUUUAUGAAUUCAAAUAAUGACGACAUGAAUUUUCUUAGCUUUCACGAUAAUUUUGUCGAUGAUGAAUCGCUUGAUUUGUGCUCUUAUUUGGGAAAAUCGAUAAAUGCCCCUGUUAAAAAGAAUGAGGUCAGUAAUGGCCGAACAAACGGCAUGAGUGAUCUUGAAAUCUUACAACAACGACGACAAGAAGAAGUCAAGCUGAAGAAUGCUAUUAAAACGCAUGUACUAGUUCCAGUUUCUCAUUUAAAUAAUAAUCCUGGAGCAAAGAUGUGGAAAACAGCAGACGGGGAACCCCAGUGUAUGUCCAAAAAUGCGGUUGCUGCUCGAGAAAAUAGAAUGAAGAAAAAACAAUACUUGUCACACUUGGAAAAAACAGUCAAAGCAUUGAGAGAUGAAAAUACACGACUGAGAAUGAAUGAAGACUUAAAAGACAAUGAAAUUAAUAAACUUAAAACAGAAGUCAAAUAUUUGAGUAAUGUUUUAGCCAAUCAGUCAGCAUUGUCAGCUUUGCUUCAAAACAUCCACACAACCCCAAAUGUCAAAUUUCCAACACAAAGAAAUAAGUCUGUUGAUGAUAAAACAGAAAGUUCUUGUCAAACAAACAUUGAUAGGUCCGCCGCAAGACCCAGUGUACUAAAAAGAAAACAUGAAAAUGCAGAUGAAACACUUUCCGCGUCAUCUUCUAAAACUAGGAGGAUGACAAGGUCCUGUAGGUCAGUAAGUAAUGUAAGCACAAAAGAAAAUGAAGUGCGAUUAUCUCAAGGUACAGAACCGGAAAUUGAGGAGGAUGGCACUGGUGGAAUUUGUUUACAUGUCACCGGUCAACGAGUUUCACUCGAAUUUUGUGCCGACUGCAAUAAUAAUUCGAAAUCCAGUUUAAUUUAUAGUGAUCAUUCCUAUGUUCGACAGCAGUUAAAUGUCAAUUCUCCAUCAUAGUGUUAAAAAUAUCAUUCCAUCCCAUAUGACAUUCAUGGUAAAAUCAUUUAUCUUUCAAUUUCAUAGAGAAAAUUAAAUGAUUGACCUUUAUACUGUACUGUGUGUACUAACAUGUAUAUAUUGUGUACAGUAUUAAUUUAAAAGUGCUUGUAGUGUGUUUCAAGAAGACAAUCUGGUGGAAAAGGAAGCUCUGAUAUCACAAAAAACAUUUGAGUUAGAGACAGACUAUUUGAACAAAAAGAUAUUGACUUAAUUAUUAAAGUACAUGUAACAAAAAAAUAACAAAGGAAUUGGAGAAAUUUUUGACAUUGUUUCAGAGAUUUCUUCAACUUUUUGUUAAAUAUUUUUGUUAUUAUUCUCUAUUUUGUUAUUUAUAAUGUGUUUGUGGUAUAAAUUAUGUAAUGUUUUUGUUAAAUGUGUAUGACUAUAAGAUAUACUAAACAAUCUUAUUU